AUGGGGGUGGCAUGUUGCACUAUGAAGGAGCAGCUGGAGGUGUUGGGCGCCGAGUCUGCCGCCGUACUCUCCGAGUCCUUGGCGUUGGGUACGCCGGAGCCACAGCUGCCACCCGGUGAACGCUUUACUGUCAUGAUGUUUGGGAUGACCGGGUCGGGCAAGAGUGCUCUUGGAAACCUCUUGGCAGGCUACGAUCAUUUCCUCUCCGGGGACGACACGGCUUCCGUUACCAACACGCGGUCCGUGCUGAAGUACGAAUCUCCCGACAGGUCGCUAGUGGUGCUCGAUACAAUUGGCCUCGGAGACACAGAGCUGGACCAGGACAAGGUGGUUGCGAGCAUCCGCGACGCAUCUCUGUCGGCGCCCCACGGCAUAGACGCCAUGUUCUUCGUCAUGCGCAACGGCCGCAUCACGGAUGACACCAUUGCCAGGCUCAUCUACGCCACGGAGUAUCUUUGGGGCACAGAAUGUCUCCUCAAUCUCUACGUGGUGGUUACAUACGCCAGCAAGUAUGUGACGCAAAGAGAAGAGGCUUUGUCGUGGAUUGAGCGCCAGACGGAAUUGAAUUGGCGGUUCAAGCACAUCUACAACCUCGUUGGAAACAAUCCCAACAGGAUCCUCUUCGUGGACAAUCCAAAUCCCGAAGACGGGGAGCCACUCACGAGGAUCCGACGUCACAACAGCAAGAUGAAUGUCAUGAAGGCACUCAUCUCGCACCCAAGGGAGCUGAUACCGCCCUUCACCCACCAGAUGAUGAAGGAGGCGCAGGAGCGCAUGGAGGCCACCUGGAAGGAGAUGCAGCGAGCAGAGGAGGAGCUGAAGCGUCUGCAGCGAGAGGCCCAGGAAGCCGCGGACGCAGCGCAGAGGGCUCGGAUGGAGAAGGAGGUCGAGCAGGCGAGGAUCAAACGCCGUCAAGCGGAGGAAGCCUGGCAGAAGGAGAUGAAAACGAUCCAGGAAGACGAGGACUUCCAGCGCUUGGUGGCCCAAGCGGUGGAGGAGGCCACGGUGGCGUUUGGCAAGAAGUACGAGAACGGCUACGGCUACGACAAGGCGUCGGAGUCUGUGUCCACUGCGGCCACGACCUCUCCAGACGACAAGGAUCGCCGCUUGUCCCGGCACUCGUCGAAGUUUGACGCCAAUCACAUCGUGAAGGAUGCCAACACCACAAACCCAAUCGAGGCCUGCAAGCGCAUGUUCCGCGCACUGCGCCGGCGUCUGGGUGCAAAGGCCCCGCCAUCAGGCAAACAGCAGAGCGCGCCAGCCCUUCUACCUGGCACGCCGCGAAGCGGAGACAGGAUGAUCAGAGCUCCCUCCAUGACGGCCGACAAGGGGCAGGCAAAGGGGGCGAAGUCGCCGGAGCAGAUGGAAGAGUGGGUGGAGGAGGCCAUCCAGCAGCUCAGGGCCAGCAUCGUGGAGGAUGUCCAGGGUUUGAUCGUGGUCGUCCCGGCCGGUUGUGGUCGGUUUGAGUGGGCGACGACCACGAGUCCUUCCCGGCCGGAUGGCAUUUCCGGGCAGAAGUGUUGCACAUGUCUUUCGGCGCCAACGACCACGAGUCCUUUCCGGUCGGAUGGCAUUUGCAGGCAAGUGACCACGACGUGUGGCAACACCUCAGCUCGGAAAUGCCAUCCGGCUGGAAAGGGCUCGUGGUCGUCGGUGCCGAAAGCGACCACGACACGUGAAACAUUGUUGCCCGGAAAUGCCAUCCGGCCGGAAGGGACUGCUAACCACGAUUUGUCUCCGAAAAAUCGACUUAGCUAA